UUCUUUUCUUCUUUCUAUCCAAAAGAUUCUUUUUUCAUUCGUCUUCAUUCUUCUCCUUGAGGAAAAAAAAAACGAUUCGUUCCCUUUUGUUGUAUCGAUUCCCUUUUUUUCAUCUUUUAUACAUCUCCCACUUCUGCAUUUCUUAUUCCUCUCUUUUCUUUUCCUUUUUCUUAUAAUUUUUUUUUAUUCACCCUCUUCCAUCAUUGUAUAAUUCUUCAUUUUUACUUUAUCAUCAUAUCCAAAAAUCCAAAACACACCAUCUUGUCUGCCAUUUUAUAUUAUUGAUUCUCAUGACUACAACCAUUGUUACCACGACAACAUCCUUGAUUGAAAACGGGCUGAAUGGCCAACAUGCAAUGCUUGUUGAAUCGCUUUUAAGUGACGACAGCCACAGUGAGACAACGGUCAUACAAGAAGAUACGGGUUCAUGCGACAUUGAUGUAUAUCACGGAUCAUGGAAUCACCACUCUGGACUGCAGAAAGAAAAGAAAAAGAGAGACUCGUUUCGCGUACGGUUCAAGGGAUUAAUACAAAUGUCUUUUAAUCGGUGUCACCGACGCACCGCCGCCGCAGCCACGGGUGAUAUCCACAUCACAAAAAGUAGGACCAUGUCCGAUCUAUGCCUGCCUAAUGUGGCUCAUCCGACUAAUUGGGCAGUAUCCGACAUUUCAUCCGCAUCAACGUGUGUGACCGAUGAAACGUUGGCUGAGACGGGACGGUUCGCGUGUGAAGAAAAACAGAGUGGGGUCAAAGAAUGGCAUGAUGCAGGUCUGCCAGCGCCUCAGCCCACUACUCACCGGAUACCGCCCAUAAGGAAAAGCAUUCUGAAAACGGAUCGACUGCCGUCUACUCCCAUGGUUCAUGUACCUCAUAAAAAACGAUCGGCGGCUAGUUUAUUUAAUUUGCAAAGAAAGCGAUCUUCCGUGGUUCGAUUCAGCAAGACCCUGAAUAUUCAUGACACAUAUACCCAGCAAGAAUACGAUCGUGCUUCCGACCCUGCCGCGGCAUGUACCCAGCUCACGGCGGUUUUGGCCCAGAUGAUCAAGGAAGAACUCAAUCAGUACAAGUUGCAUGAAAUGGAAGUCCACUAUGCAAGCCGAGGUCACACUCACUUUUUCGAGUGAAAUCACCCAUCCAAAAAAAACGUCAUUCGUCG